AGUCAUUAAUUAUUAGCUUAUUCAACUAGAUCUUCAAUUUCCUUUUUAAAAAUCGUCAUGAAAAUUCGAACAGUUUUAGGCGAUAUCUCACCUGACCAACUCAAGGUCACAUUAACUCACGAACACUUCUCUUUGGAUUUUCACAAGUUUUACUCUGAACCGCCAAAGCAAAUAAAAAAGUUUUUUAAUGGUGAAGUAAAUGAGAAAAUUCACUUGAAAAAUGUUGGAUUUGUAAGGCAAUACCCUUAUGGGAGUAAAUUUAACAUCAAUUUCGGUGAUGAAGAGACACACAAAGCUGUCAUUGAAGAUGUCAAGCAAUACAAAGAAUUUGGUGGCAAUUCUAUUGUUGAGAACACAACUCAUGGUAUUGAAAGGAAUUUAAAAUUAGUUUAUGAAGUUGCUCAAUCGACUGGAGUUCAAAUUAUUUGUGGUACUGGACAUUACUUGGAAAUGACACAAAAACCACACACAUUAAAUAUGUCGAUUGAAGAUAUGAUUGUGUUAUACACAAAUGAAAUUAUUAACGGAGUUGAAGUUCCAUUGUCACCUUCGGAAUCUGUGAGGAUUAAAUGUGGCUUCAUUGGUGAAGUGGGAAGCGUUUUUCCAAUAACUGAUUUCGAGAAGAAAGCAAUUCAAGCGACUGCUGAUGUUCAAAGCAAUCUCAAAUGUGGCGUUUCAUUCCAUCCUGGUCGAGACUCUCGUGCACCUUUUGAGAUUCUUCGCAUUUAUUUGGAAGCUGGUGGUGAUAAAUCAAAAUGCGUUAUGUCUCAUCUGGAUCGAACACUUUUAAACGACGAGAAACUUCUCGAGUUCUCAGAUAUUGGAUGCUAUUGUCAGCUGGAUUUGUUUGGAACUGAAGUGUCUUGGUAUCAACUUAAUCCUCAAACAGAUAUGCCAUCGGAUGCACAACGUGUUGAUCGCUUGAAACUGUUGUGUGAUCAUGGAAAAUUAGAAAGAAUUCUUGUCAGUCACGACAUUCACACAAAACAUCGUUUGACUGCAUUUGGUGGCCAUGGCUUCGCUCAUUUACUGAACAACGUCAAACCUAAAAUGUUAUUGAAAGGAUUCAACGACGAUGCUCUUGAAACAAUCUUCAUAAAAAAUCCUGCAAAUUGGUUGGAAUUUUAAUUUUAUUUUUUUCUGGUUAAAGAUGUCGAUUUGCAAACAUUUUAAAAUUUACAACAAGAAGAUUAAUCAAUAAAAUUCAUUUUAUUGCAAAUAUUUUGUGCGAUUUCUUUAACUUCCACUCUUUUGAUUUUUCCUGAUGGUGUCGUUGGAAAUUUGUCAAUGAAGUGAACACCGCCUCUCAAUUUCUUUGCAUGCAUAACUUUACCAUGGACAUAGCUCAUCACUGUUUCUUCGGUAAU